GAGCUGUUAAAACGGAUGGACGGCGUGGAUGCAGGGCACAUGAAUCACGGUGGGCCCCAAAGUCAGUAAUCCACCCACAUCCGAAGCGGCCCCACCAGCAUUCCGAAGUAGGAAUGUGACCGGGCCGGGCCUGGGAUAGUUCUCGGCCCGGAGUUUCAACUAUUCGGGCUUUACCCUAUUCAAAAUUCUGAAUUUUCGGGCACUAAGCCGUCCCAUUGACACCCGUUUUCCGAAGGGCAUGUGUAUCGGAGCUUCGCUGCUCGAACGUGGACCCUAACCCGUAUCCACGCCGGCUGACGCUUCUCCGUCAUUGGUUCGACCAUCGACAGUUAUUCUGCCGGGGGACGUAGAUCAUCUACUGACGGUUUUUGUAGCUAUUUUAUUGAUGAAGCGAUGUUACCAAGUUCUAUCCUCUACCCCACCCCAUGAUGUAUGGGGUAUAUCUCAUCAUCCAUCCAUUUGAAGAGAUUAUUUUGGGAGAUUUCGGAUCCUCUGCAAGCUGCAAAUAGAAAUUUCUUGUUUUUCUGCAUUGUGAUUGGUCCACAUCAUCAUGGACAUUGUCAGCAUAGUCGCAUUUGCAGUAUAUGAUGAAAUGGGCCAUGAUGAUGUGGCCCAAUUACAUUGCAACAAACAGGAAAUUUCUGUUUGUGGCAAGCAGAGGAUCCGGAUAAGCUAAAGAAUGAGUCGGAUCCAAAACUUAAGUACACUUCACCAUUUUUUGUGAUGGGGUUUACUUCAAUUUUGGACUUGGUUUAUUCUUUGCAUGAUCUUCUAAAAUGAUCUCUCCAAAUGGAUGAACGGUGUGAGUACAACCGUACAUUCUGGUGGAGCCUAUGGAGCUUGGUGAUAUCACUUCCGUUGAGAUGGCUACCGAAGCCAUCAGUAGCUACUCCGCAUCCCUGCUCGGGACGGCAAUGAAGCCCUCAACCUAGCCGACGACUCAGCUCUGUGUGACUGGAGCACCGACCGGCGCCUGCAUUAGAUGGAAGGUUUGGAUCUUGAAUCGAUUGGGGAAAUUAUCUGAUCUCGGAGCUUCUGUAGAUAUGGAUUUGAUACAAAGUGUUUCGUUUUUGGCUGGCACUCGCAAUUGCGAUCUUUGGAAGGUGAAAUGGGGGAAUUAUUGUGCUUGUGCCGGUUUAUGGCAGAAUCAGGGGAUGAAGUGUGAGUGGAGGAGUGGUCGAGUUUUGAGGAUGAUCGGGAAGGAUUAUGAUGGUGGUGUCAGUAAAAGGUCAGUGAUUGUCAAUAUGAGUGAUGGUGGGACUGAGACUGGGACUGUAGUGGUUGAGAAACCGAGCUUGCGGGGGUUGGAAGUGUUCGCUGGAAGUCCGACACCUUUUGGUGCCACUGCUCGAGAUGGGGGUGUCAAUUUUGCUGUAUAUUCAAGGAAUUCUACGUCGGCCACCCUUUGCUUGAUCAGCCUCUCAGAUUUACAAGAAGAUAGAGUGACUGAGCAGAUUCUCCUUGAUCCAUCGGCUAACAAGACAGGGGAUGUUUGGCAUGUAUUUCUUCGUGGGGAUCUCAAGGACAUGUUAUAUGGCUACAAAUUUGACGGGAAGUUUUCCCCUCAUGAAGGGCAUUACUAUGACUCAUCUCAGAUCUUGUUGGACCCUUAUGCUAAGGCAGUUAUAAGGAGAGGGGAGUUUGGUACCAUGGGACCUGGCGGCAAAUGUUGGCCUCAAAUGGCUGGCUUGAUACCUUCUUCUGACAGUGAGUUUGACUGGGAAGGUGACUUACCUUUGCGUUAUCCUCAAAGAGACCUUAUAAUUUAUGAAAUGCAUGUUCGAGGAUUUACAAAGCAUGAUUCAAGUAACACUAACUACCCUGGAACAUAUCUUGGUGUAGUGGAGAAACUUGACCACUUGAAGGAGCUUGGAGUCAAUUGUAUUGAGCUAAUGCCAUCUCAAGAAUUCAAUGAGUUGGAGUAUUACUCCUCUAAUUCUGUCCUGGGUGACUAUAGGCUGAAUUUUUGGGGAUAUUCAACUGUCAACUAUUUUUCACCAAUGAUAAGAUAUUCGUCUGCUGGCACACGUAAUAGUGGUCAUGAUGCAAUAAAUGAAGUCAAGAUUCUUAUUAGAGAAGCUCAUAAGCGAGGCAUCGAGGUGCUCAUGGAUGUCGUCUUUAAUCACACAGCUGAAGGGAAUGAGAAAGGUCCUAUUUUAUCCUUCAGAGGCAUUGACAACAGUGUGUAUUAUAUGCUUGCACCCAAGGGAGAAUUCUAUAACUAUUCAGGUUGUGGCAACACCUUCAAUUGCAAUCAUCCUAUCGUACGCCAAUUUAUACUGGACUGCCUAAGAUACUGGGUAACAGAAAUGCAUGUGGAUGGCUUUCGCUUUGAUCUUGCUGCUAUCAUGACCAGGAGCAGCAGUCUAUGGGAUGCAGGCAAUGUAUAUGGGAGUCCAACAGAGGAUGACCUCUUCAGGACUGGUACCCCACUCAGCAGUCCUCCAUUAAUCGAUAUGAUCAGUAAUGAUCCUGUCCUCCGUGGGGUCAAGCUUAUUGCUGAAGCAUGGGAUACAGGCGGUCUUUACCAAGUUGGUAGGUUUCCUCAUUGGGCUAUUUGGUCAGAAUGGAAUGGACAGUAUCGCGACAUAGUGCGGCAGUUUAUCAAAGGUACCGAUGGAUUUUCUGGGGCUUUUGCUCAAUGCCUUUGUGGAAGUCCACAUUUAUACCAGGAAGGAGGAAGAAAACCAUGGAAUAGUAUCAACUUUGUGUGUGCACAUGAUGGAUUUACUUUGGCUGAUUUGGUGACAUACAACAAAAAGCAUAACUUGCCAAACGGUGAAGACAACAAUGAUGGAGAGAAUCACAAUAACAGCUGGAACUGUGGACAGGAAGGGGAGUUUGCUAGCCUGCCUGUGAAAAGAUUGAGGAAGAGGCAAAUGCGGAAUUUCUUCCUCUGCCUUAUGGUUUCCCAGGGGGUUCCGAUGAUUUACAUGGGCGAUGAAUAUGGCCACACCAAAGGAGGCAAUAACAACACAUAUUGCCAUGAUAACUAUCUCAACUAUUUCCGGUGGGAUAAGAAGGAAGAAUCCUCAUCUGAUUUCUUCAGAUUCUGCCGCCUCAUGACAAAGUUCCGCCAUGAAUGUGAAUCACUUGGGCUGAAUGACUUUCCGACGGCAGAACGGCUGCAGUGGCAUGGUCACAUGCCUGGGAUGCCAGACUGGUCUGAAACAAGCCGAUUUGUUGCGUUUUCGUUGCAGAUGGACUCUGUAAAGCGAGAAAUCUAUAUUGCCUUCAACACAAGCCAUAUGCCGGUCACCAUCACACUUCCAGAGCGCCCAGGCUAUCGAUGGGAACCGCUGGUCGACACCAGCAAGGCCUCGCCAUUUGACUUCCUCUCCAAUGAUGUCCUGGAUAGAACCAUUGCCAUCCAACAGUACGCGCACUUCCUCGACAGUAACUUUUACCCCAUGCUUAGUUAUUCUUCUAUCAUCCUCACAUUGUCUCCAGAUGCUUAAUUUCUAUAAUCCACGCUAGGUCUUCCCUGGGAAA